GACGCUUCCCAUUACUCCCAGGAGAAGAAGCGGCAGCGGCAACAGCUACAGCGCAGAAUUGAGAAACUUCAGCGACUUUAUGGCAAACAAGUAGAAGGGUGCACUGCCCUCUGAUUGGUGUUUUAUUUUUAGUACUUUGUGUAUGGAAAGUGCUCCUGGAUGGACCUGGGUGAAAACAGCUGGUCCAUGGUCAAGCGAGAAGUUUCCAGCAGCCCAGGCUCGCCGGCCGAGCAGAGCUACCUGCCCGGUGACAGCAGCAGGAGGGACGGGCCCACGCCUCCGAGCGAGCUCGACGCGCUGGGCCACCGCCGCCCGGACGGCAGGUCGCUGCAUCCCUACCUUCACUUCGGACAUCACGGCAACGCUGCGACCGCCGGCGAGGACAUCCCGCUGUUUACGGACUUGGAUCAGGGGGGCAAGCUCGUUCUCUCCGCCGGAGCGCACAAGGCAAGCCUGCUGGUGGAUCCCGCCGACAUGUACCAAACUUUGGCAAUCGCGGCAGCCCAGAGCCAGACUGGAUAUGAUUCCUCCUCCGCUGGUUACAUGCACUCCAGCCCCAACUCCCCGGUCUACGUGCCCAGCUCCCGGGUGAACCCGAUGAUUUCCAGUCUUUCCUACCUGCAGGCCGGUGGUUCCGCGCAGGCCGGCCACGCAGUCUCCAGCCACUCGGUGUGGUCGCAGUCCACCCCGGAGAGCCCGUCGUCGUACAGCGCAGGGAGCCCGCACACCUCCAGCCGGUACCACUAUCCUCCGAGUCCGCCCAUGAACAACGGGACACCCAGGGACAGCAGCUACACAAACACGCUAAAUGUGAGCAGCAGGGACCAAUACGGCCUCUCCCGACCCUUAGGCGGGACCUACGCGAACCCAUACUCCCCUUAUGUGGCACCUCAGCUGCCCUCACCUUGGACCGGGGGACCUUUUGAUAACACCAUGCUGCACACUUUGCAAAGCAGGGGUGCGCCCUUGAUUAGAGGUCCAAACGGAGUUUCAGACAUCCUGGACGACAUGGCGGAGAGCAAGGAGUGCGUGAACUGCGGCUCCAUCUCCACGCCGCUGUGGAGGCGCGACGGCACGGGCCACUUUCUCUGCAACGCCUGCGGCCUCUACAGCAAAAUGAAUGGCCUGAGCCGACCAUUAAUUAAACCGCAGAAGAGAACGUCAACCUCCAGAAGAAUCGGCCUCUCCUGCGCAAACUGUCAGACCAGCACAACGACCUUGUGGCGCAGGAACGCAGAAGGAGAACCUGUGUGCAAUGCAUGCGGACUCUACACUAAGCUUCAUGGCGUACCUCGACCGCUGGCCAUGAAGAAAGAGGGAAUCCAGACACGAAAAAGAAAACCCAAAACUUUGAGUAAAACCAAAGGAUCCUCGGGCACCAACAACUCUGUCUCCAUGACUCCCACAUCCACCUCCUCAUCCAAUUCUGAAGACUGCUCCAAAACCAGCUCUCCCUCUGCACAAGUGUCAGGGGUCAGCUCGUCCGUGCUGCCGGGCUCUGGGGAGGGAGCCGGCUCGGGCUCUGCGGUGAAAUACCCCGGACAGGACAGCCUGUACACCAGCGUGGGCCUGACCCAGUCGUCAGAUGUAGCUUCAGUGAGGGGGGAACCCUGGUGCCCCAUAGCUUUAGCCUAAACACUCAAAAGUUUUGUGUGUGUGGACAGAAAUCCCUGACCUCUCCUGUUCUUUCUGGACGCUGCGGCAUGGAUAUAUCUGGAGGACGAUGUUUGCUCCCUACCACCACCCCCGGCCCCAGCAAGAAGAGUCUGACAUGAGGGAAAAACGAUGGCGAGACGAGCGUCAGUCACGGCUUAACCUUGAUCUGUGUGUGGAAUAUCCGGGAUUGGUGGUGCUGGCGUCUUACAGUCAGUGGAGACGUCAGGUCAGACAAUCAGUCAGGCGGCCUGCACAGGAUGGUUUUAAGCCUGUUGUUCACUCUGAUCUCUCCCGUCAGUGGUUCUUCAAAGAAAGCCAUCGUGUACAUAAUGGAUUUCCUCUCUACAGAAAACACUGCUGAUUGGACACGAGUGCUUGAUGAGGCACUGAGGACAUUUAGAUUGUUCUUCUUUUUUCUCCCCACAACUGGAAUAAUGCCAUAAGUGCUGAGAUGACUUUGAUGAAUCAAAAUCAAAAUAUAUAUAUAAAUAUAUAUAUUUAUAAAUCUCCAAUUGUAGAGAACGUGGCUAUGAUUGUUAAUAAAGAUAUCAAUAUAGAGCAGAUGUCAAACCAUUCUGAUGUCUUUUGUAUUUUUUUAAGUGUUUGUUGGAUCUGCACAUAUUUUCCAUUGAAAGCUCUUAUUGCUUAUGUUGAAAGUAGUUUGGUUAAAACAGGGUAUAAAUGCCAGUGUUUUUUUUUGUGUUGUUUUGUUUGUUCUUUAAUCAUUUACUUCAAAACAUACAAAUUAUUGAUUCCUUAUUUUUUAUGUAUCAAAAUGUUGUCAGCUACAAAGAGGAGUAAGGUACUGUUCUUAAAAGAUGUUUGCAUGCAAUUGGAUGUUGUGUUUGAACAAAGCUCAGCCGGUAUAACUAAAUGGCUGCAUAAAAUUUACACAUUUUACAAUU